CAGCAGCGCCCUUACCCUCAACACUGUCCUUCCUCUGGUUUGAUGUUUAAGGGGGAGUGGUCUGCUUAUAUCUGAGACAAGUGGACUUAGAGCUCACACCACAACUUCCCCUCUCGACUGUGUGGUAUACGCAAUAAUCAGACUUCACUCAAACGCAUUGGAAAGAAAGAAACCAUCACGAGUUGUGUUUUCCUGCUUGCUGAAGGAGCCCCCAGUACUCUGUGUUCAUUUAAGCCAUGGCCGCUUGCAGCAGGAGCGCGUUACUCGUGGCGAUUCCUCUGUGGAUGUGUUUCGGCAGAGCUGCUGCUACUCUAGGGGAUGCUCAGGUGUGUUAUGUGCUGGAUGGCGUCCUGUUUUUGUACGGCAUCAUCCUGACAAUUCUCUACUGCAGAAUCAAGGUCUACAAUGCAAAGGGGGGAAAGGCAAAGCAGACCGUCGAAGAAGGCAUCUAUACGGAUUUGAAACCUCACGUCCAGGACACGUAUGAAUCCAUCGGUUUGAAGAAGUGAAGUGACUUCAAGUGCAGGCUGCACGUUUUCGACCUGAUUCCUCUUUUCUUCCUUGUUCAUAUUUAAAUCUUGAACGUCACAAAUGUUGCAUCGAUUCUAAGAGAACAUGAAACUGUAGACAUCAGUGUUCGUUUCCCUUUUGCUUUUUUAGAAUUAUGUGGAGAAGUUGGGUGAAGAAAGACAAGAGCGAAAGAGGGAAGUUGAGCACAAGAUGGCAUUUUUCCCUGAUCUUUUUUUUAUAUUGAAAAGGACUUGUUUCAUGUAUUUGUAAUGUGCCUUUGAGCGUCGCAAUAAAAUAAUAAACAUUUUCCCUCCUGAUUUUAAGAAAGGUUGCAGAUUGUGCUGAAAAGCUGCUGAAAGUUAAAAUAUCCACACCAGGCUUAUUUAUGAUGAUGUCUCGAGGUUGAUUUCUUACACGCCACAGGAUGGCAGUGAUGGUGUCUUUGCUGUGUGUCCCCGUCUGUCCACAUUCACAGAAGCCAGAAAGACAUCAUACAGCAUAUUUUAGAGCGUGUGCGUCUGCCUGUAUAAAGCUCUGAACUGUUUAUUCAUGAAUUAUCAAAAUGACUUCAUUUGUUGAACUUAGCCGUGUCUCUCUCGUGUUUGUGUUUCAGGGAGCUGCAGACAGAAUUAAAAAAAAUUCAUACAAUUAAGCUCAUAAUAUGCACUUAUAAAGAUUUUUUUUAUCAGUGUCCUUGUUGUGUAACCAAUAAAUGUGAAUUGAUUCAAUAUUGAUAUUUUUUUUCUUUUAAUAUUAAAUGCCAACAUUUAGAAUCAUUUGAUGAGAGCAGCUUACAUAGGGGUUCAUAAAAUGUGUAUACUGUAUGUCAAUGUAAAAAAAACUUUUAUUUUAAUCUGCGUCCUUGAUAUGUAACGAUGAAAGCUCGUUUCUGCCUUUUGUGAUUAAAACAUUUU